AUGGCUUCUAUUAAGUGUGAAACCUGUUCGAGUGACUGUGUUUUUAAGAGCCGCCCAAAGGAGGAUGAGGUUUUUGGCUCAGCUUGCGACCUAUGUCAACAAGUUUUCUGUAAAUUAUGUGCUCAACUAACAACCACAGAGGCUCAUGCUGUCUCCCUUGCCCAAAGAAAUUUGAUUUUUUUCUGCCAAGGAUGCAAGAUAUUAUUGAAGGAGCAUAUUAGCGACUCAACAAAGUAUAAAACACUCUUGGAAAACUAUGAGAAAAUAAAACAGGAAUCUGCUGAAAAGGAUAAAAGGUUCGAGGAGCUGGAGGACAAAUGCUUCAAGGAAACGCAUGAACUUCAAGACGAAAUUGAUGAGCUUCAUGCUGAUAAUAAAGCUAAAGCUGAUCACAUUAAGAGGAUUAACAGGAGAACGCAAGAUUUUGAGAAUAUCGCUUGCAACACAGAACAGGAACUUGCAGCUAAAAUUAAUGAUCAAAAAGGAGAAAUACUUCAACUUAAUCAGAAUGUAUCCAAUCUUAUCACUGUUAAUUUGGACUUAGAUAAACAGCUUAAGGAAUGUCGAUUAACUGUCAGUAGACUUGAAGGGGAUCUUGGGGACAUAACUGAAACCAACAAGAAUAUGCUGACCACCAUCCAAGUGCUCUCAGAAGAAAAGAAAUCCUACUUAGAAGAGCUGAAGAGUGCGAAAGUAAACCUACUACAUGCUAAAGAGGAAUUAAAAACAACUAAAUCUAGGUGUGAUAGUUUGGAGAUGAUAGGGCAUCAACAGUCUUUAAUUGGAGCUAGACCCUCAGAAGAUCUUGCAAAGUGUUGUGAACCCACUGCCGCAGAUGACUCAUUUACUCUGAUAAAUGACAACAGUGUGUUGAAAGACUGCAUCACCCUGGAUAAAGAAAUGGAAACUGCGAGACAUCGGGCGAAUGCUUCUUAUUGUGUGCCCAGAAAAUGCAUUGUUUGCGGAGACUUUAGCGCAAGAUCCCUGUCCACGACUAUGUCUAAACUUGUGAAUUCAUCUCACAUGAUAAAAGGGUAUGUUUAUAAUGGACUUAAUAUGAAAAGUCUUGUGGAAAGGAUGUUCUUAUUAUCAUUUGAUUUGACUGAAAAUGAUACAAUUGUUGUAAGUUUAAAUUUAAAUUCUACAUCCCCUAGUAUCGCUGAUAUUGGGAGGAUCCUUUCUAUGGGUAGUACCACGAAUUUAGUAUUAAUGUUGAAGUGUAAUUUUAGGGAUUAUCCAGAGGCAAGAUUUCAUAAAUUGAGUGGGUUUGUGUCAGAAUAUGUUCAAAAAAAUAAUUGUAGUAUAAGACUAAUUUCAAAUACAUGUACAAAUUCUAGAUACAGACACACACUUCGGUCGCUGAGCAAACUGCUCGCUUUGUAUGUUGAAACUAGUGUAGUUCUUGGUAGAAAAUUAGUUUUGAAAUCGGUUCCGAUUACCAUUGAAUGUAGUGCCUCUCCUUUUUAUGUCCAAAGUUUGGAUAGUCAUGUCAGUAAUUGUAUGCAGGGAGACUUGGAUAAUAGUAAUAUUGAAAUUCAAACAAAAAGCCUCAAUGCACUAGUCAAUACACCUUUUUUAGACAGGGGUCAAGUGGUAAAAAACUUGACCUAG